GUGGGAACACACAGACAAGGACAGGUCUAGGAGACCAGAAGGAAGGUCUGGAGGGACCUGCAGGCUUCGAAAGGCGUUCUGUUUAGCGAGUGCUUGAGGACCCGGCAUAACGAUGGCUCAUGGGUGUCUGCUCAGCGCCUGCAGAGAUGCGGUCCCAGGACUAAGCCCACGGGCGUGGGGGCAGUGGAGCCUGCACCGUUUUCAUCCGAUAUCCCUCAAAUGCUUUCCUUCACUUAGCAGCUCUAGGCCCCUCCCCGAGCCGUCGGGCCCUACCAGCCCCGGAGAGGCGGACGGGGCCCGCAGGGCGGGGAGGGGGGUGCUGGGAGAGGAAGGGCCGAGCUCCCGGGGGCGGGCAGAGGCGGGCGCCUAGAUCUGGAGGUGGAGACUGGGUGAGGGGCCCGACAGCGGAGUCUGUGCAGAACCGCCCAGACACCGGCGCUCAGCAAGGUGAGACCCCAGCGUACUUCCGUCCCCUCUCCUAAACUCCAGCAGCCGGACUGGGAACCCCAACUGACUCGGGAACCAAACCGCGUUCCGCUUCGGAGGAUGCUGUGUCUAUCUGCCCAGAAUCCUGGCUCCAUGCUGUCUGGUUUCAUCCAUGCCUGACCCAGUAGACGAUGAGCUUGUUGUGGGCAGUGUUCAUCCCUUUACCACUUCAGUAGUCUCCUCCCAUCCCCAAGAUAAUGUAGCCAUAGCAGGAUUCGCCCAGAGGAGGGCUAAAGAAUUGCACUUAGAAUUAUCCAAUGAAGUUGCUACUAGAGACAGAAGAUAGAAGCACAGGAUUUUCCUGUCCUGGAAGAGCUGAUAGACCAGAUGAGGAGCUGAGAGAGGCACAGGGGGCAAAGAGGAACAUUAGGGCUCUGCUUUCCUCCAUCCCAGUGCUGGGAGACCCUAGAGUUGGAGCCUCAGAAACUCUGGAGCUGAAAGCUUUGGCCUCAAGAUCUGACUCUGCCAUUUAUUAGCUUUGUGACCUUGAGUAGACCACUUACUGAGCCUCAUUUGGACCAUCUGUAAAAUGACUUUACCACCAAUGUCACUGCUGAAUUCUGGCUGGCCCCACCGAGCAAAGAGGCUGGCCUCUCCAGAGCUGAAUCCACCAGUCAACUCAGACAGCGACCCAGAACCCAUGCCCAAGGAAGACCCUGAGGAGACCUCUGCUCAGGAUCCUGAAGUUCUGAGCUGGGGGCACCCUGGCCUGGACACCACCCCAGCCCCCAGUUGGCCUGUGCUCCGGAGCCUCCUCCAGCAGCUCCCUCCACAGGACAGCGAUGAGCGCUACUGCCUGGCCCUUGGGGAGGAGGAGCUGGCCGAGCUGCGGCUCUUCUGUGCGCAACGGAGGCGGGAGGCCCUGGGACAGGGGGUGGCCCGCCUGGUACCUCUCAAGCUUGAAGAAUGCACCUGUGAAAAUUGCAGGGAGCAGCUGAGGCCAGGGGAGUAUGGAGUGUUCGCAGCUCGGGCAGGAGAGCAGCGCUGCUGGCACCGGGCUUGCUUUGCCUGCCAGGCCUGUGGCCAGGCCCUGAUCAACCUCAUCUACUUCUACCACGAUGGGCGUCUUUACUGUGGCCGUCAUCACGCAGAGCUGUUGCGGCCGCGCUGCCCGGCUUGUGACCAGCUGAUUUUCUCCCGGCGCUGCACCGAGGCCGAGGGACGGCGCUGGCACGAAAACCACUUCUGCUGCCAGGACUGCGCCGGGCCCUUGGGCGGGGGACGUUAUGCCCUGCCGGGGGGCGGCCCCUGCUGCCCCAGCUGCUUUGAGCGUCGCUAUUCGGAUGCGGGUUCGAGUCCGGCCCCGACACUGGAAAGCAGGGCGUCCCCGGGAGAGGAGGGGCUCUGCAGAGUUGGAGCCCCGGACUGCGCCCAGCGGAAUGCCGCGACCAUCUCCCGGGCAACCCUUCUCGCCACUGCCGCCAGCUCCAGUCUGGAAACCCGGACCGGGAUGCUUGGAUCCAGCGCAGAGCAGGAGUAUCGAGCUGGGGACCAGACGGAGGCACGCCAAGGGCAAGCGCAGGGCCGCCUAGAGACGCCCCUUGAUCCCAAGGAGAACGCUCCCUGCCCCACCUGCUCCUCUUCCUCUGAAUCGGAACCCGAAGGCUUUUUCUUAGGCCAGCGCCUUCCCCGGCCCUGGGAGACCCCGGCCUCUCUCCAAACUGGGGACAGCGACACCUCCAGGAGGCACUGUACCAUUUGCUAGUGGCGCAGCCUGGAGAAAGGGGGUAUUGGGGGAAGUGAUCUGUUAAGGCGAGAGAGCGAGGCUCUCCUACCCCUCUAAGUCCUAGACUGAAUGCCAUCAGGACCACGUCUGGGGAGGGGCGGCGAGAUGACAGGUUUGAGUGCCUCCUCUCAGCCCGCGCACUUUAUGACUCUUCAUGGACACUUGGAGAAGCCCAUUCCUCAAAGCUACGCAUCACCCGCUGAGUGCCCCUGCCCCACCCCCACAGGCUGGGCGGCCCCAUCCCCAGCGUCGUCCUCCCGAACCAAUGAAGUGAUCACUCGGAGAACACCUGGACUGUGAGCGGGUGUGCCGGCCGAAGGCCAGGACGGAGCUGGAGGUGGAACCCGACCAGGGAGACUGGAGCGCGACGGCGCUCCACCCCUGGCAGAGGUGGCGGACGCGCACAUGGGAAGU